AUGCCGUUCUUUGCCAAUUCCGGACAAAACCGACGACGGAAAAAGACAGCGGCCUACCAUCUCCCUGCACGCCUGGAAGAUCUAUUUGGGUGCAUCCCUCCACAGACAGACUGUAUUGAAGACUGGAGCACAGAGAACAUCCUACCAGCCAAGCAGCCCUCAAACAUGGGGAGACGCUCGCAGAAACCCCUGCAAGGUACACCAAGCAAAACCCCAAACAUCAUGGCAAUGCUACAGCGCCAGGCCCUACAUAAAAUAGCGGCCCCAGAGCAUCAGGAGGCCCCCGCUGAUCUCUCACCUGACCACCCCCAAGCCCACACCCUGCUACAUACACCAGAGACAACAACGGCAGGCCCCCCUGAUCUCUCAGCCCUGGCCACCAAGCAGGACAUUAAAAACUACCUCACUGAAUUGCACCAGACGCUAGCCACAGACAUAGCAGUCAUCCAGGCUGACCUGCAAGCGGUUAUAGACAGGGUGAGAGCCACCGAAGAGGAUAUCCUAGAGGUGAGGCAGGAAAUGUCUAAUAUAAAGGACUCUGUCCAAAAUGCCCAAAAAACACAACAAGCCUUUUCUGCACACCUAGCCACACUGGAAGACCCCUGCAGACGUAAUAACCUGAAGAUAAGAGGGGUACUUGAGUAUGUCACCAGGGCAGAAAUGCCCCACUACAUGAGACGCCUAACGGCCUCACUAAUGCCGCCAACACAAGCCAAAAAGCUUACCUUUGAUGGCAUGUUCCACCUGCCAAAAUCACCAAGGGCCCCACUGAAUGCCAUGAGUGAUAUCAUAGUACGCUGCGCCCUAGCCCAAGAUAAACAGGCACUCCUUUCAGCUCUGCGAAACAAAAUGCCUUACACAUUUGAGGGAGCCGAACUGUCCUUCUACCAGGACCUAUCAAGGCCCACCCUGCAAUGGCGCAAAACACUCCACCAGGCUAUGAGUCAACUACGAACCGCAGGAAUAUAAUACCAAUGGACUAACCCAAGAACCCUCACAGUGUUCCACAAUGGGACUGACCACAAAAUUACCUCGGCUGAGGAAGCACCUGCACUGCUGCGAGCACUGGGACUACCUGCCUCUGGCGGAGAGCCAAGAGACUGGAGGAGAACGCAUACCUGGGAGCCAGCCACAGUAGUAGCCUUCACACCUCGGGAUCACAUGACCACAGACACCGAGCGGCACUGGGCAGCGAUCACUAUACACCGUUUUAACCGAGUUUCGUUUUUUUCUCAGGUUUCUUAUAGUGCUCUUUGUCUUCUGUUGCAUAUCCGACUAACUUCACCCCCCUCCCCCCACAGCCCCCUUGGUUAGGGGCACUAUCAGCUAGAGCCGGACCUAACUCCUUCAGUAGCAAUACUAAUAUUCCUUAUAAUCUACACCUGACAACCGAGGCUGCACCAAAACUGAGGCACCCUCAGACUUCCACGUGCAAAGACCCCAGCUCUCACCUAGCUACACGACCACUGCUAGCAGCCACCAAACAGCUUACUAGAGUGGGAGGGGAUACUGGGGGACACUGGAUAUACCAGAGCAAUAGACUGACGUUCCCUCUCACACACAGCACUGCCCUCUAG